AUGACUGUCGUGAGGGUCGGUCAAUACAAUGUCAAUUCGAAAAUGACAGAGGUGUUUGAAAGAAAACUGGAGAAGACAGGGAGGCCUGGCGUUGACGCCUCAAGACUUUUGAAGGAUGCCCGGCCCCAGCUGAUCAAAGUGCCACCUUUUGAUGGACCUAAGGGCGAGAAUCUUCCUGCACUCGGUAUCUUACUGUGCAAGUAG